GGAGGGGAGAGGGGGGUGGCGUGAAAAUUUGGUGCCACGCCGUCCAAACAAAUUAAGCUUUGAUCUAUUUGCCACCCCACGCGCAAUCAAUACCUCUCCUGGCCUUCUUCCUUCACUUUGUGUAUAUAUAUACAUGUACCAUGUCAUCGUAUUUUAUCUCCACAAACAACAUCCCUCGCCAACAUAUUUGAUAACUCCUUAUUCAUUCUCUCUCUCUCUCUCUCUCUCUCUCUCUCUCUCUCUCUCUCAAAGGAUAGUUCAAGAGCAUCGAGGUCGGAGGUUCUGGAGAAUAUUAAUAAAUGGAUGAGAUGGAAUCGUGUGUUCCUCCAGGCUUUAGAUUUCACCCAACGGAGGAAGAGCUUGUGGGUUACUACCUCAAGAGAAAAGUUAACUCACUGAAAAUCGAUUUGGAUGUCAUUGUCGACAUUGAUCUAUACAGAAUGGAACCAUGGGACAUCCAAGACAGGUGCAGAUUGGGAUAUGAAGAGCAGAAUGAGUGGUAUUUCUUUAGCCACAAAGAUAAAAAAUACCCGACUGGAACGCGUACGAAUCGAGCCACUGCUGCCGGAUUUUGGAAGGCAACAGGGAGAGAUAAGGCUGUACUUUCGAAGAACAGAUUGAUAGGGAUGAGGAAAACCCUAGUCUUCUACAAGGGACGCGCGCCCAACGGAAGAAAGUCUGAUUGGAUCAUGCAUGAAUAUCGUCUCCAAACAAUAGAACAUGCACCUCCUCAGGAAGAAGGAUGGGUGGUGUGCCGGGCAUUCAAGAAACCAACUGGUCCAAAUCCAAAUCCAAAUCCAAAUCACAAGCAAGCUGGUUUCGGUUCCUGGAAUCGUUCUAAUUAUUACAAUUAUAAUACGAGGGAUAGCGGCAUGCGGCCUUUAUAUUCAGACCCAACAAACCCAGCUGCUUAUUAUGCGAAUCAAGUCAUCUCUCCAUUUCCUCCUCUCUCACCCUUUGGUUCAGAACAAGAACUACUCGAAAAUCAGCUCACCGAUAGUACUCCCGUUACCAUUUCAACAAGUUUUGGAACACACACUAGUACUACUGGCAUUAAUGAUCACAAUGGCAGCAAAAUCAUUAAAGAUUGUGAAGAUCAUGAAAGGAGCACUACUACUCAAGUUAGCCAGUAUUUGGAUUGGAAAAAAUUGGAUGAUUUGCUUGAAUUGCAGUUCGUUGAACCGCCACCAUUUUCGCAUUCCAAUUUUUCGUUGGUUUCCCAGGAAAAUGACCAGCUUCACGCUCAAAACCAUGCAAGCCAUCUCUUCACAUGCUUUACGGACUUGUAGCUAGCAAAUUAAAGUUUGCAUAUAGUAUAAUAUUGUACAAGAAAAUAAAUUUAUCCUAAUAAGAGUACUAUAUGGUACAGACUCAUAAAAGAUUGUUGAGAGGUUCAGAUCUUUUUUAGAGGUUUAAUUCCAAAGAAAUUUACACAGAAUUAAUAUGAUGGCCGGUACGGUUGAAGUGAUCAUCUUUUUUAGUGGACUUGUUAAUUCAUCAUUUUUAGUGUACUUUUUUUAAGUCAUCCAAUAUUAGAAUAUUUGAAUUCACU